UAGAGUAGUAUAGUAGUUUAGCUUUAGGUAGGUUUAGGCUGUUUACUUCAAAUGCUUUUAUUGUUGUAACUCUCUUCAUAGACAAUUAUAUGUAUAGUAUAUGCCCUGGCGCCCUAGGUCCCGAGCGCCGCGAUGACCCAAAAGGGGGCCCCAUCGCGGGCCUGCGGGGUCGGCCCACCUACGCCGUUUGGGGUGCAUAGACGGGGCGCUGCCUCAGGCAGCGGAAAAAUAAUCCCUAGCGGCUGGGCUUUUACUUUUCCUGCCUGCAGCCAGGCUCUAGCUGCUUGGCUUUUAUUUUUCCUGCCGCCCCCCCGUUUCUGAAAUGCAAAAGCAAAAGCAAACCGGAGCGCCCCAGAGGGUGGUCGGGCCCGGAGGGCAGGGGCCGUUGGGAAGUUGCUUGCUUGGCUGGGUGGGGUUGUGUGGGCCCUACGCGCUGGACACCCCGGCGGCCCGCAAGGGGGCUCGCUGCGUGCUUCGCGCAAGGCGUCAGGAGCCGGCAUCCGUCCCUGGGUGGUUUGGGUUAGGCCGCCAGGCAGCUUUUGGGUGUUUUUUCCAUCCCUGCUGCCCGUUGCGUGGCUGGCUGUCCGUGUGUUUCUUUGUUUCCUCCGAGAGAGUAGGCUCACUGCCGGCCUCUGGGCAUUUUGCUUGCCGCCCGCCUCUGCAACCCAAAAUGAACGAAGCGCCAACCCGCAAAGCGGGGCGGGGAAUGGGCCUCGGGGGGGGUGCUUCAGGAUGGACGGGCUUACGCGGGAGCGAGUGAAGCGCGUUCGCGCCGCGCGCCGGCCCGCCGUUCGUUCCAGCCGCUCGCCACCGAGCGGACCCCUCGCCACCGGGCGGAUACCCGCGCCGCCACCCCCCGCGCAGCGUGGCACUUUAUCCGUUUAGGCGCCACCAUUCUCUAUCCUUUUUGUGUACUAUUCACGCACGCAGAGUUCUCUGAAUGUAUUACGACUUGAGCGACUGCGCGCACACGCACCACAUGUCUUUUCGCAUUUUUUUGAUGCUGACGAGGUGCCUGGGAAUCGCGUCUUCCCGUGCGAGGAGAGACGCAAGCUUAGGCCUUCGCUCAGACAGCAGAUUGCGUUAUUUAUCGUCCGUAGCCAUUUUGGGUCAAGUACGAACUAGGACUGCGUGUAGUCGGGGUUAAGAAGUUUCACAGAGAAAAGAUGGCCUCCGCACUUGUAGGACGAUCCCGACGAACGAUCCCGACGAUCCCGACGAACGCGAAUGUGUUUUAGACCGUUCGCGGGAGCACUUUUUGUGUAAAGCUUUUCCUUCGUGACCUUCUCCUGCCCCUCUUUCUUCCAGGGUGUUGUGGUAUAGCUUGCGGGACGUCGAUGGAUAGGGUUGGCUUUCACGCCGAAGGGCUUCUCGACAGCGCUUCGGAAGGUGGAUUCCGAUACUCCAAAGGGCCUGCAGUAAAGCAAGCCAACUCAAGAGGGCCCGGGUCGAGGAAUCUCCUUUCGCCAGAUUCAAAAAAUAGUUGGAAAUAAGUUGGAAGCCAACUUUUUUCUGUUUCCCAUACUAAGAAUCCCUGAUCCAACUAAUUUUGAGUUUGUCUCCAACUUAUUCCCAACUAUUUUUUGAAAUUGCCCAGGGCCGCCAAUUUCUUUUUGAAUUGUCUCGGGGCCGCCAAUUUCUUUUUGAAUUCCAUCGCCCCCGCCAAUUUCUUUUUGAAUUCCGUUCAGGCCGCCAAUUUCUUUUUGAAAUUGCUUCGGGCCGCCAAUUUCCUUUUGAAAUUGGGCACUCUGCGUGAUCGCUCUGGCAUUGGUGUGGGUUGUGGCAUGGCAUAUUAUAUGUUAGGCACCAAUAUUAAGGCCCGAGCAAUCGAGGGGAGAGGUUGCAUCUGGGCCAUCUUUCGGCCGCCUCAGGAAUGGAAUUGUGUUUGCCCCAUGCGUCGUGGCUUUGGGUGGAUGCGGUGUCUGUCAGCUGGAUUUUCGAUGGACCCUGGCGGUUCAAUCUUGAGCCGCCAUGCCAUGGCCCAGAGCUUGUGGCCUUGCCAAUUCCAAGCCAAACACCCCCCCAAACUAAUGACACGCAUUUAAAUGGUGGCGUUGCGUUUUUCAAGCGAAAUGCUCCGCGUAAGCACACGGCAUAGGGCUUGUGGAUGGUCCACAACCGGGGCGCGUCGUUCAUUUUGUUCGAAGAUUCGGCAUUUUCAUGGGCAGCCAAAAGUCAAAAGCCUUGACUUUUUGAAAUCAUUUUGAAAUCAUUUUGAAUAUGAAUUAACGCUAAGGCGCUUUGUGAUUAAGAGAAAAGAUGGCCUUCGCACUUGUAGGACGAUCCCGACGAACGCGAAAGCACGCUGGGAGUCCGCUCCCUGACCGUGGAAGGAGUAGCGCUGCUGCCGCUGAUUUCUCCCCUUCGUUCCUGGCACUUCUAGUGAUUUUUUAUCACCUUCGUUCCGGGGUUACAGGGCUCGAUGUGCUAGACCACACAAGCUCCACGAAGGAGAUCGCAGCCUGGGCCGUCGAGACUGGGAGGUCGCCGAGUGGGAGGCGAUUGCGACAGGAGAAGGAACCCCUGCAGCCGAGCGCGAGCGAAUCGAGCCCGAGCGCCACCAAGAUGGAGGAGCUUGCGGCGAGGGGGCACAGCCCGACCCAGUACCUUUUGGACGCGAAUGGCGGGGGCGAGGCUGUGGCCAAGGUCACCAGUGCAGCGUCGCGACACGGGCAGCCGGAACCAACCGCGGAUGGCCAGAACCCGUCGCACCUGCAACGCCGAGGUAAGAACUUCGCGCACAGCUCCGCUCCGGCAACAAGAGGUCCACCCGCAGCGAAGAGCAAGAGGAAGGAAAACGCGGGUGGUUACGUGAAUGCCACCGAAGAACAAGCGAGUCCUCUCGGCAGCACACGAACGACAGCGAAAACGAACAGCACAUCUGUCGGAGAUCCUAGCAGACUGCAGGGGGAACCGGCCGCGAAGCGGGGAACUGCUCGCGAGAGCGUUGUACAGCAGGAGCAGAGACGAAGCCGUUCUGCGGGCACCGGGGGCGCGCGAGGAUCGCGAGCCGCGUCGAAGUCGAGCGGCGCGCUGACUGUCACCGCUGCCACAGCAUCCAGCGAGUAUCCCUUCCAGGCCGUCGAAAAUUUGAUUGACGGCGACCUCGGAUCAAUUGCACACACCGGGGACAGCGGACGCACGUGGGGCAGUGGAACAAAGUCCGAGGCGCAGAAGUGCCCCUGGUUUCAACUCGACUUGGGCGCCGCGAAGACUGUGGACAAGGUGAAGCUCAGUGCGGAUUUGCACUGGCCGCGGAUGCGGCGUUUGUUGUAUGUCAUGCCGCUAAAAGCUUCGGGUGAGCCGGAGUUCGACGACAGUGCGACCGAUAUGGUGGUUGACGAUGGAACGCGGGGCGGCGUGCGUGUGCUAGUGUCGGACUCGCCGCGCGACCGAGCAGAUACGUCGGCGUUGACAGCAUUUACGGAGGGGAACGAGGACCUGGAACUCUGGAUGGGCACUGCGGCGGGGUCCUUUUGUCUGGCGCCGCCUGAAGGUGCGGAGUGUGAAACGAUCCAGUGUGAGGAUCCAGCGAACUGUCUCGAUCGCUUCGCUCCGGAAUCUGACCCCCACGCAGGGGUCGGCACUGCCGUGGUGGAUUGCAAAGGCAAGCAGGGCCGUUAUGUGGUGAUCGAGCUUCCGGGCGCCGAUGCUAGCGACGCGCCGGCUGAAAUUCGUGCCCUUGCUCUCCGCGAGGCUGCAGUCGAGGGCGGGCCCGCGAAACCAGUGCAGAGCUCUACGUACCUCUACCACUGUUGCGCCGGCGUCAGAACCAGAAGCCUCCGCGCGGGCAGUGGCAGCGACUUCCCCCAUCCUCUUCGGCAUCGUGCUCGUCGCGCAGAUUCUGACCGGCGCGUAGCAGACGUCGACAGCGACAGAGGAGCCGCUUUGUCCGAGCGAAUUUCAAUCUUUUUUAGAACUUUGAAGCCAGUGCCAAAAUAA